CAGAAAGUUUAAGACUGCCUUACAGUGGUAGCUUUUUUCCCCUUUGCCUUAAGGUUUCUACUCUGACAGGAUGUUAGUAGCCUUGUUACCUGCCUUGUCCCUGGUUACUGUUAUUCAUGCUCAGCUCUGUCAACCAGGUGCAAAAGAUGCUUUUAAAGUGAGACUUAGUCUCAAAACUGCCCUGGGAGAUAAAGCAUAUACCUGGAAUGAAAAUGAAGAAUACUUAUUCAAGGCAAUGGUGGCUUUUUCUAUAAGAACAUUUUCCAGCAGAGAAAAAAUAGAAAUUUCCAACGUGCUGCUUUGCAACGUAACGAAGCGUGUAUCAUUCUGGUUUGUAGUCACAGACCCUUCUGAAAAUCAGACGGUUCCUGCAGGUGAGGUACAGGGAGCCAUAAGGAUGAACAGAAAUAGAAUCAACAAUGCUUUCAUUUUGAAUGAUCAGACAUUGGAAUUCCUAGAAAUUCCUGCCACUCUUGGACCUCCCACUGAGCCAUCAACUCCUAUUUGGGUUAUCAUAUUUAGUGUGGUGUUCUGCCUUGUCAUAGUUGGAAUUGUAUUACUGAUUGUAUCAGGAAUCCGUCAGCGGAGAAGGAAAAGCAAAGCUUCGACAGAAAUGACUGAUGUUGAAGACAAAUGUGAAACAAUGGUGACAAUAGAAAAUGGAAUUCCCUGCGAUACGCUAGAUUCCAAAGAAGGACGUACUAACAGAGCCUUUGCAGCAGGUGAUGAAAAACUCACACCAUUAUGAGAAGCUGUUACUUCCUUUUGCCCUAAAGAAACUCAGUGUUGCUACUGACAUCUAAAAAUAUCAGGAAUGAGAGAUUUUCUUUUUUGGCUGUGCUUCUUUUGUAAGAAAUUUGGAUGACCAGAACAAGUGAAGAAGAAAUUGACCCUACAAGUAGUUGAUAAAGAUGAUUUUAAUUGUAAGACAUCAAUUAAGCAAACUAUUGUAAAAUACUUUCCUGAGAAUACAAGGUUUAAGAAUGUUCAUGUGAUGUGCUUAGUUAUUGAUUUUAGAAUGUCUGCACUACUGGCUCAUUUUUCUUUUCUUUUUUUUUAAAGAGCAGGGCAAGGAUGUCUUGAUAUGUUUAACCACCAGCUUUUAAAAACACACACAUACACAUACACACACCAUUUAAAAGCUUAAUCUGCAUUAUAACAUUUUCUUCAUCAUUUUUUAAGCCUAAACUAUGCGGUGGAGAGGAACCCAAUAAAUCAAGCCUUGAUUUGUAGCAUUUGCUGAUAUCUAAGGUGUAAAUGCUCUGCUUGAAAAUUUCACAAUCAGCUCUGUAAGCCAGUUUGAGUAGACUUCAGUAUCCCCCUGCUAUUGCCACUUACUACCCGGGUAACUGGGUCAAUCCCUCUCUGGGCCUCAUCUGAAGGUGAAAGUUGGAUAAGACAAUAUCUAAGAAAUGGUUUAAAUCCAAAACUUUGCUCUCAUAAUCUUAGUUGUCUAUAUGCUUAGAAGACUGAAGUAGAAUUUUUGUUUGUACUAUGGAAACAUCUAUAUCUAUAGAGUCCAACAACUACCGGAAGAUGUGUCAUCAAUGAAAACUGAUUACAGUGCCAAAAAUACUAUCUGUUUCUGCUUGGAGUAGACAUUUUGUCUACCUAGGCAAAUGAGGAAGGACUAGAAGCUUUCCUUGUAUAUGAGCUUGAUAAAAGUGGGUGUGGAUGAGCUAGAGAGAGGAAUUUGAUCCUAUUAACAUGUAAACAGUUCCUAAUAUAUUUUCCCAAAGAUCAAGUUCAAUUCAACAUACCAUUUCUACUAUUUGACUACUUUUUGCAAUUUGUAAGUUCAUGACCUGGAUAAAACCCAUUCAAUAAAGGUAUUAAACGUUGUAUUUUUUCGCUUA